UCGUUGUAUAUAGAGAAGAGGGAAAACCAGCAACAACAAAAAAAAAAAAAAAAAAAAAAAAAAAACAGAAACAAACUCCCAAUCCAUCAUUUCUCACUCGUGUUCCUCGUCGUUUGUCUCAACCAACCAACCACCAACGCCAACAACAACAUCAUCGUCCUGAUUCUGAUGCAUUAAACAACAACAAUGGAGGAUUCUGAGAAAUUGACGCCUUUGAAGAAGGCUUAUGCGGAAAUCAUACUGAACACGACCAAGGAAGCCGCUGCGCGUAUCAUGGUGGCGGAGAGGAAGGCGACUCGCUUUCAGCAUGAGCUUGCUUCUAGUAAAGAUCAGGCUCUUCAGAUGAUGCUCGGGCUCAAGCAAAUGCUUGAUUCCAAGGUCAAAGAAUCAGAAUUGACAUCAUUGAAUCAGCAGAAGAAGAUUGAGGAGCUUGAAGCUCAGCUCGGAGAAGCUGAGGAAAUAGUUAGAGACCUCAGGGCAGAUUUGAGAGAAACACAGGUUGUGCUGGAGAAUGUCACAAAGUACCGAAUGAAUCCCCCAGUUGAACAAAACAUAAAGGGUGAAGUUGCUGCUCAGGAAAAUUUACUGCAGGAGAAAAGAUUUGAUCCUUAUGAUGGAUCUGUGCAUUCGGCAUCCAGUUUACAGUUUGAAUCACACUCAAUUUCUGACACUAGGUUCCCAGCUGUAAAUGGAACAAUUGAUAGCAAUGAGUUAUGUAUGUCACAUGAUCAUACAAAGAACUGCUACAUUCACAACACAGAUUUUGCAUCCAUAGUUAUUAGGAGGAAAGAGCCUGAGCUCUACAGAAAUGGAUGUACUCAGAGAAUACGUGCAUUUGAAAGGAGUCCUUUUUAUGGAAAUGAGUCUGUUUCAGGAAAUUUAGAUAAUGUACAGGAUCAAACUUUAGUAAGAGCACAUGAAGAAGGUAAAGUUAUGAUUGUAGCAACCAAUGUCAAAGCUGAUGUUAUUUGUGAAAAGGAAAAAUCAGAUGAACUUAAAGUGGUGAAAGCAGAUGCUGACAUUGUCAAAGUUCAUGAUCGUAGAAAAAAGAGAGGACUUAAGACCAUGAAGGUUCAUCGAUCUAGAUUACAUUCUGACCAGGUUAAGGAAACAAGUAAAGAAUCUUAUAUGUCUUCUGCCAAAGAUUCUCCACAUGUGCUGGAUAACAAUGACCUUUCCAGUGGGAAUUCUUCUAUGGAAUAUGAAAGUGAAGCUCAGAAGGAUCUGAUGUCUCCUAAUUCCAAAGUACCCACAGACACAACUGCAACAAUUGAGCAAUCAGGACCUCAUAGCUGUGCUGAAAAAGGGGAAGAACUUCUUGAAGGCUUCAGUGCUAGGAACCAAAUCAAAGAUGAUAAGGAACCACUGGAUAAAUCAUAUUUGACAAGACAAGACAGUUUGUCCACUAAAAGUUUGGAGGUUCCAGCUUGUAAAGAUGUUGAGGUAGCUAAUGUGUCACCAGAACAAAUGGAUCCCAAACUUUCUGAUUUAGUUCUUGUUGGUAGAAAAAAGAGAACACUUAAGUUGAUGAAGGCUUAUCAAUCUAGAUUACAUUCUGACCAGGUUAAGGAAACAAAUAAAGAAUCUUAUCUGUCUUCUGCCAAAGAUUCUCCACAUGCACUGGAUAACAAUGACCCUUCCAGAGGGAAUUCUUCUAUGGAAUAUGAAAAUGAAGCUCAGAAGGAUCUGAUGUCUCCUACUGCCAAAGUACCCACAGAUGCCACUGCAUCAAUUGAGCAAUCAGGACCUCAUAGCAGUACUGAAAAAGGGGAAGAAUUUCUUAAAAGCUACAGUGAUAGGAACAAAAUCAUAGAUGAUAAGGAACAACUGGAUAAAUCAGAUUUGACUAGACAAGACAGUUUAUCCACUGAAAGUUUGCAGGUUCCAGCUUGUAAAGAUGUUGAGGCAGCUAAUGUGUCGCCAGAGAAAAUGGAUCCGAAAGUAUCUGAUUCAGAGGAGAAGGUUUCUAGUCGAUCUGUAAAGGAUAAGUUUCUAAAGUACACAUUCCAUAGAAAGCGUAAGAAGGAGUCUGUUAGCAGUGAUGGUGUAGAUUGCUCUCCAGAUAAUAGCAGUUCAAAGAAAAGGUGUGGAGAGAAGCAAAAUGUUCAUGCGGAGCCUCAGGAGUCUUGCACAAAGACUGAAUCAUCACGGGAAAGCCGACGACUAGCACAGGUUGCUCGUCAGCUCAUAUCCUUAUCUGAGAAGAAAUGGUGGCAGUAGAUUUGUGAUUUGUCUAUUGCUGUGGUGAGUGGACUGGAUGGCAAGAGGGUUUAGAUUCCAAGCACAAUCCAAGGCUGUUAUUGUUUUCUGGAGUUGGCCUUUCAUGGAAGCUUUGUGUUGAUAGAGCUGUGGAAUGUGUUAAUAUUACAUGUUAUUACACUCUAUGACUAUAACUUUUUUUAUUUCAUCCUUAGUAUAGCAAUUGCUACCCUUACAUCCUACAUAACGUAAAUUCCAUUUGUUGUUGCUGCCCUUUUCUUAGGGUCAUGUUUGCAAUACAAAUUUUGCUGGUUAUAUUUUAGUUAUAUAAUCGUUAAUGGUAUUUGCUUUUUCAUUA